UUUGGUUUUGGCGCAAUUCCCCUGCUCCACAAUUACUUCACGUGUUUGGAUUUGGGUAAACCCGAUAAUCAUACGGAUCCUAUAUAUUCUUAUUUCCUAAUUUUCUCUGACCCUUAGUUCUAACCCUAGGUUUUCCCCAGUACGUUCAUCUCUCCUCCCAACAUCUAUUCGCCUCCCAUUAGAUAUCAAGUUUUGAUCUUGAACUCCUUGGUUUUCUAUCUUUGCCUGAAUCAUUGUAAUCGUUUCCUUCAACAUCUUCCAAAAUCAAAGGUUAGGGUUUGUUAAAAUCUCACUUGGAUAGAAGGAGAAACGCUACGCGAUUGGUUCCCACAUAUCUUUCAUAUGGCCAAAAAUACUGCUGCAACAAAAGCUAUCGGAACAAAAAAGCCACCACUUCGAAUCCUCAACCGUACCCACCUCACAAUUCAGCUCGGGAGUGACAUUCACCAAACGAGGUCUGAGUCGAAAAGCAUUUCCACCUGAAUACGCUUGAACUUAAAAAUGUAAGGGACAAGUUUGAAAGUUUAUAACCAGACUGUCGAUUGACUCGCGUUGAAGAGACAUAACAAAGGUGCUGCACCCCAUUAAUCAUCAUUCAGAACAAUCAGAGACAUAACAAAGAACCAUGGAAGGGAAAAAUAUCAUCUAUUUGAACGAUAUUGACGGCAAAACAAGAGCUUUUACAAUAAAGGUAAAAGUGGUUAGGCUAUGGAAGAGAUCAAAUCCCAAAAAGGCUGGUGAGACAUGGGCUAUUGAUAUGGUGCUCAUGGACGAAAAGGGAACCAAAAUGCAGGCCACUGUGUGGAGUAAUGACUUUAAAAAACAUGAAAAAAUUUUACAACAAAAUGAAUGCUAUACCGUUUUUAAACCCCGCUUUGAUAAAAAUAACCAGAAGUUUAAACAUUUUGAUACCAAAUAUGUGUUAACUUUCAAUUUGGAAACAACCAUUCGAAAGUGUAACAACUUUAUAGGACCAACACAUGGCUUUGAGUUUUCAACAUUUAAGUCUAUUAAAAAUGGUGGAGUUUCUUCAGAAUUUCGAACUGACUUUAUUGGGUACGUCGAGGAAUGGUUUGCAAGGGAGGAUACAACAACACGAUAUGGCAAACAAUCCUACAAGAUGGACUUAAUAUUGAGAGAUUUGGAGGGUAUUGCUCUAAAGCUGACGUUGUGGGAGGAAUAUUGCGAUCAAAUGCAAGAGUACAUCUCCAAAAAUAAGGAAGAAGAACAUAUUGUACUUAUUGUUCAGUUUGGUAGCGUCCAUGACUACAAAGGCACCAUCAAUGUCGCAAAUGCGUACUACAUUACUAAGUUGUUCAUCAAUGAACGCAAUGAAGAGAUUGUUAAUUUCAAAAGAAGUUACAUUGGGAAAGCUUCUGUUACAACAUCGACUCAUCGUUCUAUCGGCCAGUCUGGGGUCACAUCUAAUGAAGACGAGUUCUUACAUAACACUACUUUCAGCACCAUUCGUCAGAUUAGGGAAAUAGCUCAGGUUAUGCAUGUUAUUGUUGUUGGUACUGUGAUGGCUGUAGACAAAGAUAGUGAAUGGUAUUAUCUUGGUUGUGAAAGUUGUAAUUGCAAAGCUUCCCCAAGUUUGCAAUUCCCAGAAGAUGAUAAUGGAAGUGAUGAUGUUGACCCAAAAGAAGUGUUAGUAUGUACUAAUAAGAAAUGCAAAAGAGAUGUUGUCCCUGCAGUUCACAUGUACAAAGUUUCAAUACAAGUAGAAGAUUGCACUGGAAUUGUAAAUCUUACACUAUUUGACCGUGACACAGUCAAACUUUGGGGUUUAUCUGCCAAACAGUUGGUUGACAAAUAUUUACAGGUUUCGGAUGAUGAAAAAACCAUACCUGCUGAAUUCAAUGCUUUCAUCAACAAAAAGUAUGCAUUUAAAAUUCAUGUUAAAAAAUAUAAUGUGGACAACAAGGUUGAUGGAUUUUCGAUCAAUAAGUUAGUGGAUGAUCCGGCAAUAAUAGCAAAACUUGAAAAGAAGUUUGAUGUUGUCCCGUUUGAAGAGUUUGACUCAAUGAUUCUCCCCACCACUGUCUCAUCGUCACAAAGUGAUGCUGGUGUCAAGGAUUCAAAAUCUUAUGCUGUAGAUGAUUCAACACCACUGCCCAAGAAUUAUGAGAGUAGAAAGAGUCCUUGUGAUCUGAAACGCACCCUAGAAGAUUCUAACGAUCUAGACAACUCCUAUUCAGUUUCUUCAACAAAAAGUCGAAAAAUUGAAACCAAAGAAGACAUCAAGGCUCAAAUGAAAGACAAACUUUUGAUCCCUAAACUUGAAAAGUAGUCUAACUGCUUUUGAGUUCAAAGAUUUCGGUUUUUUACCAUGUUCUUAUUAUUUUAUUCUCAAACGAAACUACAGAAUUUUAUGUUGGGAUUUUUAUGGUCUGAUUUUGAAUAUUUUAAUAAUUGUUUACUCAUUUAUUUAA